AUGCCUCGCGCAGCUGCUCGAACCUCUGCCAGUGGCCAUGGUGGUUCGCCAUACACCAGACGCACACCAGCCAACACGCGUGUGGCAUCCAAUUCCAAUACCUAUUCACUGAGGAGCAAAACUUCGCAUGCCACCAGGCUCCCGAAUGAGAUGAAGCAUGCGAUUGCCGGCUUUCUUCCCCAGCAAGCACUUUACCAACUCGCCAAAUGCUCAACAAACUGGGCCGACAUUGCACUUCCCAGACUCUACGACCUCGACGCACGCUCCGGAAACCCGAAAGCCAUAAAAUGGGCGGCGAAAAAUUGUGCAAGAUCCGAUCCCCAGCUCGCACUCAAGCUCUUGGCAAGGUCCGUCAAGUACAAGGGCGAUGUGAAUGCUAUUUAUACCGACGACGGGGUUCAUGCGACAGCCUUGCACUACGCAGCGGCUCAUGGCGCACGAGAAGUCGUCAAAGAACUGCUGAGACUGGGAGCCCGCGUUGAUACCUGGAGUUCCGGAUUCGAGUUGGCCAGGGGACUCGGAAUAUCGAUUCUGCACGAGAGCUUGGACAAACAGUUUAGUUGGCUCGAAAAGUAUGACGGCAAUUGGGAGUGGUCACCUCUCGUGAUACCAAUCCUCAAAAACGACACCGAGACAGCCGAGCUGCUCGUAGGUGCGGGAGCACCCGCCAUCACGGUCCUUCAUCGAGACCACGAUUCCUUCUUCAACGCCUUGCCGGUAGUCACAGUUUACCACCUGCUUGCUGCCGCCGAGCCGCGCCACGCCGCCAAGUGGACGCAUGCCUUCGGUCACGACAUCUACAAGGCGGUCAUGAAUGUCCCCAUGCACAAUUUCAGCACAGCACUCAACACUGCCAUACGAAACGAAAACGGUCCCGUCUUCGACAUGCUCAUGGACCUGGGCGCCGACCCCGACGUUCCAACUGUCUGGGGAGGCACUGCGCUGCUCACGGCCGUUCAGAAAGCGUUCGCGCCGGAGCUUACCCUUCCUCGAAGAAAAACCAUGAUGACAUGGAUUUUACGACUUAUCCAAGCUGGCGCCACUCUGAAUCCACCAAAUCCUGGCCGAGAUUCACCACUCAGUUGCGCACUCAGACUCUACGCCAGCACAAUCAACGCCGUCGAACCGUGUGUAAAGAAGGUGGUUGAAAUCCUCGUGGAAAACGGUGCCGAUAUCAAUCUCAGAGGAUCCACGGGCGAGACCGUUCUACAGGCAUACUGCCACUCCAUGUUCUGUUUCCAGCAUCUGAGAUAUUCGCCCUUGGAGACCAUGCUGCGCUACCUGAUAGCCAAGGGAGGAAACGUGAACGCCCUGCCAGGACAUGGACAGCCUACCAUCAUGUCCGUAUCAAUCCGAAAUAUCCUGAGGGCAGGAAAAGUUACGCCAUUUCACGCGAUACUACGGGACGCCGAGGCUAAAAUCCAUCCACGAGAAGUGACCUUUGUCUUUUUCCACUGGAUCACUCACACCUGGUUUCGGAAAGCCUACAACAUCUUUCAACAUCGGCAAACCCUCACACAGGACCAGAUAAACUUGGCAUGGACGAAGGCCAUUCAGAAAAAUGACGACAAACUUUGCAAGGCUUUGCAAGAACAAGGGCUGAUGCCAACACACUACGGCCGGCUGAUGAAUCAAGUUAUAAGGGGAAGAGUCAAAAAGUUCUGGCCAAAAAUCCUGGAUCUGGGCUUCGACGCCGAUUACAUUGCGGACACACACCUUGGGACUUUCCUCCAUACUCUGGUUCGCCAAGUCCAGAAACCGGCAUCAACGGGCGUUGACACAAUCAGCCCAAGCCAGGCAGUGGAAAUCGCCGAAACAUGCAUUGCGAGGGGCACAUCAAUCUUGAUUCGGGAUGCCCAAGGGAAGCUGGCUUUGGAUUUGCUGCCCGAGGGCCAUCCGAAGCUACGAAGCGUUCUGCUUGAAGCCUAUUACGAAAAGACGAAAUCGAUGUUUACAUGA